AUGUCUAAUGAUAGUCUGGAAGAGUCGUUGAGAGAUCUGACUCUGCAGUCGAUCCAGGACCAUCCGACCAAGCCGAAGGAGCAGAUUGCGCUCGAGUUUUUCGAGCUUGGCAGCAAAAAAGAGCUCGAAGGCUCGUUGAGCGAGGCUGUCGGGUAUUAUAGAAAGGCGUUCAAGCUGGACGAGAAGGUUGAUUUGCGAUACCGAGAGAAGCUCGUGAGCUCUCAGCCGGCACCGGAGAAACGCAAAGACGGUAUCAUUUAUGACCAGACGAAAAAACUCGACCUCAGCAAAAUCAAAGUCGAGCCGUUGCUCAAGUCGUUCCAUGACUCGGUAUUUCACCCUAUAGACGAAGAACAGCCGAUCUUGCUCGAGACCUUGCCGGACGAGGUGAUUACCAAUCUUCUGGAUACUCUGCUGUGUAUGGACGGGCCGUCGUGGCUCAAUUUCGCAAUGACUUGUAAAAAGUUGUCGUGGCUAGGGUUUGUGCAGACCGCUAAUUGGCAGCGACUUUGUAUGUUGGUGUAUCCGCGACAGGUGUACGACGACGCGCAACGGGUGCUUAACAAGGUGACGGCCGACCAAUGGCAGAUGGUGGUCCAUUGGGACCACGACUGGCGCAAAAUGCUGUGCGAGCGGCCGUUUAUCAAGUUCAACGGCUUGUACAUCAGUGCGGUCAACUACCAAAGAGAGGGAGGCCGUGCCGAGUUUUCUAACCAGUGGAACCUGCCCUUCCGCAUGAUCACAUACUACAGAUACUACCGGUUUUUCCCCGACGGCAGCUGUCAGAAGCUGCUGACGGUGCUGCAACCGCAAGAGGUGGUGCCCAAGUUCCACAGGAACUGGCGCGAGCUGUUUGGGCCCAGCGAGUGGGAGAAAGUGUACGAAGGCACCUGGUCGAUGAGCGUCGACGGCAGCGUGCAGUGCAAUUGCGAGGGGCCCGUCAAAAUGUACCGGUUUGUGGACGAGUUCCAAAUUGUUAACGGGGGCCGGUUUGCACGACACCACAAGCUGGACUGGGUGCGGAUGGGGUACAUUGUGAAGGAGACGUCGGAGGAAGGCGAUUUGGAGAUUUCGAACGAGCGUAGCUUCGCCUUCAGCAGAGUCCGGUCGUACACACAGGAACAGGCCGCCGCGCCUAUAAAUAUACAUAUCACGUAA